GGUGCCAGAGUGCCAGCAGUGCCUUUGAGGGUUGAGAAGAGAGCGUGCGUUCGUGUGUGCAUCUGUCGGUGUCCUUGUUCUCUCGAUUUCUCUCUCGUUCUUCUCUUUCUCUCUCUCUUUCUCUCUCUCUUUCUCUCUCAUUCAGCAACCGCGCGUGCAAGUGUGGAGGAAAGAGGAAAGAGAGGAGAGAGAGACGAGAAAAAUGAAAAGAAAUUCACAGAAAAAUAGAUUUGCAGACUAGACAUGAGUGCGGCGACUCUGGACAACACGAUCACGUGAAAAUCCGUCGAUAAGGAACCAUGCAAUAAACGUCCAAAACCGGUCUAUUUGCAACAAGGAGGCCCCGGCCACAUCGAGGGAGAAACGCUACGCCAAAGGCAAUAUCUCGGCGCUGAAAGAACGGCCGGCGACUUGGCCUUAGGGGAACCAUGACGGGCGCGGGCAGCGGCGGCGCCGGCGGCGGACCGUCGCGCUUCCUCGGGGGCCCAGGAGGCCUCGGCGGGGUCCGGGGCGACCUCCGCAGCGCCCCCCAGGGCACCACCAUCCAGUGCGGGCCCCACCAGUACCGCCUCGGCCUGUACGGCUGGAGGCGCCGGUGCCUGUACGGCCUGGUGCUCGUGCUGCUCGUGAUGGUGAUCCUCAACCUCGCGCUCACGCUCUUCAUCCUCAGGGUCCUGGACGUCAGCACGGAGGGCAUCGGCGGCCUGCAGAUCGUGCGCGGCGGGAUGAUCGCGAGCGGCGACGUGCACGUGCUGGACACCCUGGUGGCGUCGCGCAUCGUGUCGCGGCGCCGCACGCCCAUCCGCGUGCUCGCCGCCAACAACUUCUCCAUCGCCGCCACGGACGCCCACGGACGCAGGACCAACACCAUCUUCAUGAACACGGAGGCGAUGGAGUGCACCUCGAACCGCCUCGUGAUUCGGGACAAAGUCGGCCGACUCCUGUUCUCGGCGUCGCGCGAGGAGGUCCUCGUGGGGGCGCAGCACCUCACGGUCACAGGCGAAGGCGGUGCGGUCUUCAGCGGCUCCGUGCAGACGUCGCACGUGACGGCGCCCAUCAGCGAGUCCCUCCUGCUGGAGUCCAUGACGCGGAGCCUGGAGGUGACGGCGCCGCAGGGGGUGGCGCUGGAGUCGAGGGCGGGCAACAUCACCGCCUCCAGUCUGCGGGACUUCACGCUGCAGUCCACAGGCGGCGUGAUAAAAUUCGACACGCCGAACAUCUUCGUGCGCGGCCUAAGGACCUCCACCAUCAGGACGACGGAUUCGAACGAGGCUUUGCCUGAUGUUUACCAGGUGUGUGUGUGCAGCAGCGGUCGGCUGUUCUUAGCGAAGCCCGGAGGCGUUUGCGCGGCGGACAACAAAUUUUGCAAAUAACUCUUCAUCUAGUUAUUUAUUUGUCUCUCUGUUCCGUCACUUUUCUUUUCUUUUUCUUUUUUCACUUCAGAAGACUAUUUGAGAUUUUUUAUUGUAUUGUCUUGAAAUUUGCUUGUUUAGCUGUUUGUAUGUAUAUUCAGUGAAUAAAAUGUAAAGAUCUU